GCUUGGUUUCCUUUCCUUUGGAAACCAUUUCUAUAUUAUAUAUUAUAUAUUGUACAGCAUAGAAACUGUAUUUAUUAUUAUAAAAAUGGGUUUUGGUGCUGACAUGAUUUGUCUUUGUCCUCUAAAAUUGAUUCAAACAAUGCAUUAUAACUUUAUUAAAGACAAUGUAGAAUAGUACUAUAGUAUUGCUUUCUCAAAAGCCUAAAUCACAAUUAUUGAUUCAAAACCCUAACAUCCCCAAAACUUGUUCUUCAUCAAUCUCCAUGGCAGCGAAAAUUCAUCAAACCUAUUUACCUUCAUUCUCCGUUCCAACUUCAAAACCCAAACGACACUCUCGGUUGCUUACUAUUUCAGCUUCCAACACCAAUCGUCCGUCCAUCGCCGGCCGCAAACUCCGAGCAGCAGUAAUCGGCGGAGGACCCGCCGGAUCCUCCGCCGCGGAAGCCUUAGCAAGUGGCGGCGUGGAAACCUUUCUAUUUGAGCGAAACCCGCCGUCGACACCGAAGCCAUGCGGCGGCGCAAUCCCUCUCUGCAUGCUGGAAGAGUUCAACAUUCCUCACCACCUAAUCGACCGCCACGUCACUCAAAUGCGCAUCUUCUCACCUUCAAACAUCGCCGUCGACUUCGGUAAAACCCUAAAACCCAACGAAUUCAUCGCCAUGCUCCGCCGCGAGAUCCUCGACUCUUUUCUCCGAUCCCGCGCUCAAUCCGCCGGAGCCACACUCGUCUCCGGCCUAGUCACCUCCCUCGACCUACCAACCACACAAACCUCACCUUACACUAUCAACUACACAACCAAAUCCUCCUCUCGAAACUCCCUCGCCGUCGACGUCGUUAUCGGCGCCGACGGCGCCAACAGCCGAGUCGCGAAAUCAAUCGACGCCGGCGAUUACACAUGCGCGAUCGCAUUUCAAGAGAGAAUCAAAUUAUCGGACGAGAAAAUGGCGUACUACGAAAAUCUCGCCGAGAUGUACAUAGGCGACGACGUGUCGCCAGAUUUCUACGCGUGGGUUUUUCCCAAAUGCGAUCACGUGGCUGUAGGCACUGGUACGGUACGUUCGAAACACGAUAUUAAACUGUACCAACGUGCUCACCCAAUUCCGGAGCAUCCACGACCCGUUCGGGUCAGAGGACGCGUGGCACUCGUAGGAGACGCUGCAGGUUAUGUUACGAAGUGUUCGGGUGAGGGAAUUUAUUUUGCGGCAAAAUCGGGUCGAAUGUGUGGAAACGCCGUCGUAAAAGCUUCUGAAGGUGGUGAGAGGAUGAUCAACGAGUGUGAUCUUAGGAGGGAGUAUCUUAAAGAAUGGGAUGCGAAGUAUGUUAAUACUUUUAGGUUUUUGGAUUUGUUGCAGAGGGUUUUUUACGGUAGUAACGCGUCUAGGGAAGCUUUGGUGGAGCUGUGUGGGAAUGAGUAUGUGCAACGCAUGACGUUUGAUAGUUAUUUGUAUAAGAAAUUAGCGCGUGGGAGCGCGUGUGAUGAUGCUAAGCUUUUCAUGAAUACUAUUGGGAGUUUAGUUAGGUGUAAUGAUGUAGGAACACAUAUGAAGGGUUUGAUAUUGUAAUGUAGAGGUUGGUUUGGAAUUUUUCUAUUUUCAAACAUUGUUUUUGCUUUAUUUGAAAAAUUAUUAUUCACAUUAAUGGCUCUUUAUUAUCUUUGGCCCCACAUCACAUGGUUGAAUUUGUUUCUUUGUUUUGGCCAUGCUCUCCUUCCACUUUGCAAGAAAAAUAAAAAAGCUAUUCUCUUUGUCUA